UUAAUUGAGAAAUAGUGUAAAAGUUUUAUACCUUUUCCCAUUCUAUAUUAACCAUGACCAUUUCCUGCUAUGGGGCACCAAGCCACCAGCACAUCAAAGAUUCAAUAAUGUCUUCUAUGUCUUCCUUUUCGUCCGAGCUCUCAAACCUCCCUAAGAAACCAAUCCCCGGCCAGUAUGGCCUCCCCUUCAUCGGAGCAAUCAAAGACCGCUGGGACUACUUCUACAAUGAAGGCAAGGACGAGUUCUUUGAGAACCGGCGCCGGAAAUACCAUUCCACAGUCUUCAGAACCAACAUGCCUCCCGGUCCCUUCAUUUCUCCUGACUCAAAAGUUGUCUGCCUCCUCGACGCUGUCUCCUUCCCCAUCCUCUUUGACAUGUCAAAAGUCGAAAAACUCAAUGUCCUAGAUGGCACUUACCACCCUUCUUGGUCCUUCACUGGUGGCUACCGUGUGUGUGCCUACCUCGACCCUUCUGAACCUAAACACACCUCCCUCAAAUCCUACUUUAUGUCCAUAAUUGCUGCCCGCCAUGACAACUUCAUCCCACUCUUCCAGCAAUGCUUGUAUGAUCUCUUUUUUGAGCUUGAAUCUCAAAUAACAACAAAAAAACAUUCAUCCUUCAAUUCCCUUUCUGACAAAAUGUCUUUCAACUACGUUUUCCGCCUCUUCUGUGAUAAAAAUCCUAAUGAAACCAAGGUAGGAUCCAACGGAGCAAAUCUUUUUGACAAAUGGUUGUUAUGUCAACUUGCCCCACUAGGAACCCUAGGAAUACUCCCAAAGUUUCUAAACCUUCUGGAAGAUCUUUUGCUCCAUACAUUUCUGCUCCCCUUCUUUUUAGUUAAAUCUGAUUACUACAAACUCUAUGACACAUUUUACAAAUCCGCAAGCUCAAUUCUUGAUGAAGCUGAGAAUUUAGGGAUAAAAAGAGAUGAAGCAUGCCAUAACCUGGUUUUUCUAGCUGGGUUUAAUGCAUAUGGUGGAAUGAAAGCUACUUUCCCGAUGCUGAUCAAGUGGGUAGGGUUAGCAGGAGAAAAAUUACACCGGCAGUUGGCUAAUGAAAUCAGGACCGUUGUUAAAGCUGAGGGUGGGGUAACUAUAUCCUCCUUGGAAAAAAUGUCCUUGACAAAAUCAGUGGUUUAUGAAGCAUUGAGAAUUGAACCACCAGUACCGUUCCAGUAUGGUAGGGCCAAAGAGGACAUAGUGAUCCAGAGCCAUGAUGCGGCAUUUGAGAUCAAGAAAGGCGAGAUGAUCUUUGGAUAUCAGCCGUUCGCCACAAAAGAUCCUAAGAUUUUUGAAAAACCUGAGCAGUUCGUUGCUAAUAGGUUUGUCGGGGAAGGAGAGAGGCUGCUGAAGUACGUCUACUGGUCGAAUGGGAGACAAACGGAGAAUCCAACGGCGGAGAACAAGCAGUGUCCGGGGAAGGAUCUGGUGGUGCUGCUCUGUAGGGUGAUGUUGGUGGAGUUCUUCCUCAGGUACGACACGUUUCGUAUCGAGGCCAGAACGUCGACGUUCGGUUCAAUAGUGACGUUCAAGUCAAUCACUCCCAAAGCCACAACUACUUGAUCGUCAUGAUACAGAUCAUGAUCGUUUCAUCAAUCCCAGAGUAACACUUGAUUCCAUGGUCCUGCUUUAUUCUGAAUUAUUAAAUCUCACUGCAUGAUUGAUAAGGAGAUGUUUUUUUUUUUUUUUUACAAUAAAAACUUGAUUAGUCUAAUUGUGUUAGUAUUUCUUAGCAAACAUGAGGGCCCAAACCCAGACAAUGGGUGAUCUCCACCUGCUCUUCAUUGAAGAGCGCUGCUUUUCAUGAAGAGCGCGGCAUGAAAAGCAGUGCGGCCCAACCAGUGGGCCGCAUGAGGGAAAUCGGUUGAUAAGGAGAUGUUGAUUUGUCAUUUACAGGUACUAUAAUAAUUAAUAACUGAAUUAUUUGAUUGGAUGGUCAGGAUAAGUGAUUAAUAAUGUCAUGUAAUUAAGUUGCUUUUGUAUUUUCAUUUUGAUGAAAGAAAAAUAUAUUGUACAU